AUGUGUGAGUACCUGGACAUCGGGGAGGAUAUGAACGUUCCUGAUGACUUCACUCAGAAGGAAAUGCAAACUGGUAUGUGGUGGAGGCAUUUAGCUGCUGGUGGAGUUGCUGGAGCGGUAUCUAGAACUUGUACGGCGCCCUUAGAUAGACUAAAAGUAUUUCUGCAGGUAAACCCUAGCAGACAAAAAAUAGCUGAUUGUUUUAACAAUAUGCUGAAAGAAGGCGGCGUGAAAGGUUUAUGGAGAGGAAACGGAAUCAACGUGUUGAAAAUUGCCCCGGAAUCUGCUAUCAAGUUUGCGGCGUACGAGCAGGUGAAAAGACUGAUCAAAGGCGAUUCUCAGCAUGCGUUGAGCAUUUAUGAAAGAUUUUGUGCUGGUGCUCUAGCCGGUGGUAUUAGUCAGACGGCCAUUUAUCCACUAGAAGUACUCAAAACUAGAUUAGCAUUAAGAAAAACUGGCCAGUACAAGAGUAUAGCAGACGCAGCUUACAAGAUUUACAUAACCGAAGGAUCUAUGAGCUUUUAUAGGGGCUACAUUCCAAAUAUAUUAGGUAUUAUUCCAUAUGCUGGUAUCGACCUUGCCGUGUAUGAGACAUUAAAAAAGAAGUAUUUCAUGACGCAUUCGAGUAACGAACAGCCCAGUUUUUGGAUGCUUCUUGCUUGCGGUAGCGCCAGCAGCACCUUGGGUCAAAUGUGUUCCUAUCCUUUGGCGCUGGUUAGAACGAGAUUACAAGCACAAGGUAAAUAUAUACAUCUUAGUAACAUUGCUAUACCCUUUAGCAACAAUUCUCGCGGUCGCAAGUCUGUUUGA